AUGCUUGGUUAUGAAGGUUAUAUCUAUACUUUGGAACGAAAAACUGAUGUAAAAAUGAUUUUUCGAUGCCAGAAUCGAGAUUGCAAAGGUCGUUGUCAUACGAGCCCGUCAAUGGAUACUGUUCUUUCAGAACCAACUGAACAUUGUCAUGCGCCGAAUCUAGGCAAAAUUCCAGUUUUAGAUAUCAAGAACAAAAUAAAAUCUCGAGCGGCAGACAGCGAAGAACAAUCAAGUACUAUUCUACAUUCUGUAUUGAGAUCUUUUCCUCUAGAUUCAGCUGGCCAACUGCCUAAAACUGACACACUUUUGAGAACAAUUCGUCGACAACGUCAAGCAAUAUCAGUGAAUGCCGACAACCGACUUCCUGACCAUCUGAAGCAAACAGAUCGUGGUGAAAAUUUUGUCCUUCACGAAGACAACAAAAUGAUCAUUUUUACUACGACCUCGAAUCUUUCAAUUUUGGAAGCCUGUAAACAUUGGUUUGCGGAUGGGACAUUCAAAGUAAUAGAAAUAUAUUUCUCUAUUUUUGCUUAUUCAAAAUCAUAUUAG